AGGAAGUUCCAGGGAGAGGUGAGUUGGGAGGAAGUAUAGAGAAGACCAUUGGAAGUGGCAGCAGACGAGGUAAUUUAUUUCAGGUACUUAUAUAGCGCCACCUGACCGGAGAGGUGAGGAGGAUUCUGGGAGGUCACAUGGCAUCACUCAUCUCUAUUUAUAAAACACAGACCUGACCGGAGAGGUGAGUAGGAUUCUGGGAGGUCACAUGAUCCUACUGGUGUGCAGAGUUCUUCUGGUGACCAUUUAACCAUCACAGUGCCUUCACCUCAUUCCCUGAAACCAAGAGGAACAAUUGCAAGAAAAUUGUGGAAGUCACCAACAAAAUCCAUGAUCUGCUGACAGGAGAGGUUCCUAUAAGGUGUCAGGGUGUCACUGUCUAUUUCUCCAUGGAGGAGUGGGAGUAUUUAGAAGGACACAAGGACCUCUACAAGGACGUCAUGAUGGACAAUCAGCCGCCCCUCACAUCACCGGAUGGAUCCAGUCAUGGGAACCCACCAGAGAGAUGUCCCCGUCCUCUGUAUUCCCGGUAUUCCACACAGGAAGGCCAUGCCAUCCCUCACCAUCAUCAGGGUGAAGAACUGAAAGACAUCAAAGUUGAGGUUAAAGUGGAAAAAGAACAGAUGUUUGGGGAUCAGCAGUCUAUGGAGGAGGGUGGUCCUCUGUAUUCCCGGGAUUCCAAACAGGAAGAUCAAACUAUCCCCCACCAUCAUCAGGGUGAGAGUUAUCCCCAUCCUCCGUAUUCCCAGGAUUCCAUACAGGAGGAUCAGAUGAUCCCACAUCAUGAUCAGGGUGAAGAGCGGAUUAAUAUAAAAGUUGAGGUUAAAAUGGAAGAAGAGGAGACGUAUGUGGGGGGAGAUCAGCCGUCCACGGAGGAGGCUGGGAUGGUUAUGAAGAGUAAGCAGGAAGAAAUUUCUCUAACCAUCAACACAAAUGGCGCUGAUGUCAGGAAUUCCUUGGAGAGAUGUCUUCUAUUAUCUGCUGAUUGGAAGUCAGAAGAUAAUGCCAUCACACAGGAUUCUCCAGGAGUGAAUCCAAAUACACCAUAUAUCCAUCACAGACCUUCCUGUCCAGAGACAUCAAUGGAUCCCUCUGAUCAGGGGGAAUCUUCUGACCAAUCACAUACUAGGAGUGCAAAUGUCCAUUUAGGAUCCCACACUGCAGAUAGAUCAACAGAUGCAUCUAAUCCCAAGGAAUCUUCCUCACCCCAUGUAGGAGUUCACAGAGGUGGAAAUAUAUUCUCAUGUUCAGAGUGUGAGAAAUGUUUCAAUAGGAAAGAAAAUUUUAUUCAGCACCAGAGAGUUCACACAGGUGAGCGUCCUUAUUCAUGUGCAGAGUGCGGGAAAUCUUUCACUCAGAAAGGAAACCUUCUGCAACACCAGAAAUAUCACACGGGUGAGCGUCCCUAUUCAUGUUCAGAGUGCGGGAAAUCUUUCUAUAAGAAGGAUAAUCUAAUUAGACAUCAGAGAAUUCACACGGGUGAGCGUCCCUAUUCAUGUUCAGAGUGUGGGAAAUCUUUCAUUGACAAAGGAGACCUCGCUAAACAUCAGAAAAUUCACAUUGGUAAGCGUCCUCAUUCAUGUUCAGAGUGUGGGAAAUCAUUCACUCAGAAAGGAAACCUUGUGCAACACCAGAAGUAUCACACGGGUGAGCGUCCCUAUUCAUGUUCAGAGUGCGGGAAAACUUUCACUCAAAAAGGAAACUUUGUGAAACACCAAAGAUUUCACAUGGGUGAACGUCCCUUUUCAUGUUCAGAGUGCGGGAAAUCUUUCACUGACAAAGCAGACCUUGUUAAACAUCAAAGAAUUCACAUGGCUGAGCGUCCUUAUUCAUGUUCAGAGUGUGAGAAAUCUUUCACUGACAAGGGAGACCUUGUUAUACAUCAGAGAAUUCACACAGGUGAGCGUCCGUUUUCCUGUUCAGAGUGCGGGAAAUCUUUCACUGAUAAAAGAGGCCUUGUCAAACAUCAGAGAAUUCACAUGGACGUGCAACCCUAUUCAUGUUCAGAGUGUGGGAAAUCUUUCACUCAAAAAGGAGGCCUUGUCAAACAUCAGAGAAUUCACACGGGCGAGCGUCCUUUUUCAUGUUCAGAGUGCGGGAAAUCUUUCAAUCAUAAAGAAUGCCUUGUUAAACAUCAGAGAAUUCACACGGGUGAGCGUCCUUAUUCAUGUUCAGAGUGCGGGAAAUCUUUCUUUAGGAAAGACAAUCUUGUUGAACAUCAAAAAGUUCACACGGGUGAACAUCCUUAUUCAUGUUGCAAGUGCGGGAAAUAUUUCGCUAGAAAAGGAAACCUUGCGCAACACCAGAUAAUUCACACGGGUGAGCGUCCCUAUUUAUGUUCAGAGUGCGGGAAAUCUUUCUAUAAAAAAGAUAAGCUUGUUAAACACCUGAAA